AUGGAGAUUCUUUCGACCAUCCUUGUAGCCACAGCCGUAUGCUCGAUUACAACAGUAAUUAUUUAUCGUAUCCGGGCUAUAACCACAAACCAGCUCUCAAUUAACUCUUGCGAAAAGUCUAAGAAAUGCCACUUGCAUCUGGUAGGCAUACUUGGAUCAGGUGGACAUUCAUCAGAGAUGGUAUCUCUUCUUCGGGACAUUGAUCCAGCAAGAUACACCCACCGAUCUUACAUUGCAUCCUCAGGAGAUAGUUUUGCAUAUAGUAAAGCACUUGAAAUAGAAACAUAUAUUCAGUCAAAGUUUAGACCGUCAGGACCCACAACACCUCAGACUUGGGACCCUCUGACAGGAAUUUGGGAUCUUCGGAUAGUUCCACGAGCAAGGAAAAUACACCAGCCUCUGGUCACCACAAUGUUUUCGUCACUAUUGUGCGCUAUUGGGUGUUUGAAGGAACUACGAUCAAUAAAAAAGGCCUCGAGAGCAACCUCCAGUGGAUAUCCAGAUGUAAUAAUUUCCAACGGUCCAGCAACUGCCGUAAUAUUUAUUCUGGUGGCAGCGCUAAUGCGAGUCUCGGGCAUGUCCCCACUGAGGAAAAUGAAGACAAUUUACGUCGAGAGCUGGGCAAGGGUUGAUAGCCUUAGCUUAAGCGGAAGAUUUCUACUAAGUCUUGGGAUCUGUGACAGGUUCCUAGUACAAUGGGAGUCUCUUGCUCGAAAAAUCAAUAAGAAAGGCAAAAAAGUUCAAUGGGCUGGGUUUCUUGUGGAAUGA